AUGCAGACGCUAAACAGUCCCUAUAUCCCACCUUUAGAGAUCAACAGGACUCGUCAAUCCUCAGCGUCAGUGACGACAGGAAAUCAUACUCCACACCCAGACUACCCACCGUCGGAUUCCCGGUUUGACCGAUCAAAACUAUCGGAUGAUGAGUUUAUUAAACAAUUAAUAUUUGAAAAUAGGGAGUUGAAGAGUGUGAUUGAAUCGCAACUGAAGACGAUUACAGAAUUACAGCUGCAGUUGAGGAAUCACAAUAUUUCCCCAAAGGAAACGACUGAGAUAACAAAACCAGAUAGGACCCCCGAUAAAGACGAAGCCCCGAUCCCAAAAAAGAGCCCCUUGAAGCUUUCGAAACCAUCAGAAAGUUCAUUAGUUUCCAGCGGUGUUGGAACGCCUCAUCAAGCCUCUACGCCAAACAUUGACGAUUUUCCCUUGUUGAAACAUGCUGACAGUAAAAACAAUUUGCUGAUUAAGGAGAAAGAAGCAUCAACUGAAGAUAAAUCACUAGAAGUCGAAGAGUCGCAGGGAAAAGCACAAACAAAUUCGCCUUACGAAGUCCCAAUGAGGUCUUCCCGCAGAAGGCACAUUAAGAACGAUCUUGGUAGGGAAUUAGAAGAAAAGGCAACUUCAUCUACUGACGAUACUACUAAAUCAUCGGAACGUCUCAUGCCUGAAGUGUCUAAAGAAAGGUCCUUGAAAUCUGAGUCAACGUCAGCCAUAAUUGAUGCAGAAGUGGAGGAUGUCAAAAACGCAAAGGAAUCAGGUCUGUCUUCCCCAGAAGCUACAAAGAGUGCACAACAAAGCAACGUGUCAGUUAACGGCAUAGUACUUGAACACACAGACAACACUAUCGAUAUCGCAGAUUCUAGCAUCAACGACAGCACAAUGCUUAGUCAAGAAUUGAAACCAACAGAUUCAGCAAAAUCCAACACGGGAACAACUGCCAAUUCCGCCGCUUCCCAGCUUUACUCCCAAAACAACAAAACAAGGAGAAGCAACAGUAGCGUUGCGUCUACAUACAAAUCAUCAAGAAUCAAACCACCUGGAUCACAGCGCACAUUAUCGAACUCAAAGAGUAAUGCUGAACUAGUAGCACCGACAUCAUUGAAACAGACACUCAAUGAUAAAAACGAUUCACGUGGCAAUGUGUCCUUAUACAACACGCCACCCAACAAUGCCGUGGCUAGCUUCACUGGCAAAGAGGAACCAUUAACACCCGACUUGGACAAUGAAAGCAAGACAGAAUCGUUCUCGUCAGCGAAAUUGAGGAUUGAGGAUGAUGAUCUUCCAUCAAGACCGGAUUUAUUCACCUCUGCAUCCAAUACAGUGCUGAGUCAGGAACUUGCAGCGCCAUAUGAUGUGUCACAACAACAAAACCAAUCUAGACCUACUUAUCAAACACCAACAUCGUCUGCACACAACAUUCAUCUUUCGAGCCCACAAACUCCUGGAUCUAGUUUCAGUGUUUUGCACACCCCCAAAAUGGAAAUGGACGAGUCCUCAUUGUUUAUCAAGCCUGAAGAAUUUCAUACGAUAUUUAUCAAAGUUGUCAGUACGAUCCACGUCACUUCGUCUACUGUACAAAAUUCUUCCAAAAAGGUGGAAGAGCCCAAGGUUACAAUGACGAUCAACGAUAGGGAAACUAAUAAGGAAAUGUGGCGGAUUCGCAAAACUCAUGCUCAAUUAGCUGCAUUUGAUUAUGAAAUAAGACCUAUAGUGGAGUAUUUUGGCCUCACUAAUUUGCCAGACAAGUCGAGCUUCUUAUCAACCACUCCAAGCAAAAUUGAACAGAGACGGUCGACUUUGCAAAAGUAUUUUAACUCGAUAUUUGUCAUGCCUCAUAUACCUCGCAUGGUUUUGUACAAAAUUUGUACGUUUUUGUCAUUAGACUUUGUCAAUCCACUUGAUGAUUUCAAGAGUGGGUCAAGAAAAGAAGGCUUUUUGGUGCGCAGGUACAAAGGUUUGGGUAACAGCUGGAAAGUGCGGUGGUGUCAAAUUGAGAGCCACUAUCUUGAAAUUUAUACUUUCCCAGGAGGUCCAAUUCAAGAGUCUAUAUCUCUACGAAAUGCACAGAUAGGACGACAAGCUACUGACUCGGUGGCCGAAGACAAGGGAUAUAGACAUGCAUUUUUGAUUAUGGAGUCAGCAAAAGCGUCUAAGUUGCAUUCUACAGCAAGCAAGCACUUUUUCUGUGCUGAGACAGAUGAAGAACGAGAUGACUGGGUUACUGCGUUGAUUGAGUUUACUGAGCCCUCACUGGAAUCGAAUGAGUCGUCGCCCCGCAACACCUACAUUAGCCAGGACACUCCAACUGAUCUUGAUAAAAGAUUCCUGUAUGAUACAUAUACUAAUAGUAACGACUCGACAUAUGGCAAUCGCCACAAUGGGGGUGACCAGAGUAAUACUACUGUUGCCUCAGUUUCCAGUGAAGACCAAGCCAAGAAGUCAAAACUUCGGAAUUAUUUCUCCUUUAGGAAUAAAGAAGCUUCAAAUGAUGAGCAACAACAAUAUAGCAAACAGCCACAGCCACAGUCACAGCAGGAUCAGGAUACUCAAGUACAUUCAUUUCCUUAUCCUCGAUAUGCACAACCACAACAACCAAAUUAUACGCCACCACCCAGCAAUGGAUACUACGCCCCUCCUCAGCCACCUGUGUUCAAUCAAAACUCAAACAACUCGGUACAGCAGUAUCUUGAUGACUUGAACAUUGGAAACGAUAUUGCCAAAUCCAUUUUUGGCCGAAAUGUUGAAGAGGCUUAUGAAUUAUCGCGACAUGAAUAUAUGGGUCGCGAAAUACCCAGCAUCUGCUACCGUUGUUUGGACUAUUUGAACAAAACAGGUGCAGUUUUUGAAGAAGGUAUAUUCCGAUUGAGUGGCUCGGCAUCUACUAUUCGACAGUUGAAGGAAAUUUUUAAUACGCAGUUUGACUUGGACUUAUUCCAAACACCAUUAAGGCCUGAUAUAAACACCGUUUCUGGCUUGUUCAAGACGUAUUUGCGAGAAUUACCGAAUCCUAUACUAGGUGCAUCCACUUACAACCAUUUGAAUCACAUUAUGCUCAACAAUGCCCAGUCGUUGUCUCCAUCACAGAUUGCAUUUAUCUUCCGUGACUUCCUCAAUGAUCCAAACAAUAUCGACAAAAUCAAUUACGAUUUGUCUUAUAUCAUAUUCAAGUUCCUCAGGCAAAUCAUUUCCCAAAAUCAAAUCAAUCGAAUGAACUUGCGGAAUGUGUGUAUUGUGUUUGUUCCAACGUUGAAUAUUAGUCUUGAGGUUUUGAGUACGAUUUUGAUUGAUUUUGAAUGUAUUUUCGAAAACGGCAAACCGAUCCUGGAUUCAAACAGAGAAGUAUUGGACCUUCAUAUACCAAAUUUUUAA